GUGUAGACAAGGGUUGUUUGGUCCUGAUUGUAAUUCAAGAUGUAAGUGUCGCAAUGGUGCAUCAUGUUCGCGAUUCGACGGUACAUGCACCUGUCCAGCCGGAUUUAUUGGCCAGAUGUGCAGUAACUCUUGUGGUGAUGGCUUUUUUGGAGUUCAGUGUUUUCGGGCUUGUGCAUGUCUAAACGACGCAGAAUGCUCACCAGUUGACGGCACAUGUACUUGUAAAGCUGGCUGGACUGGGGAUCUGUGUGAUACGCCGUGUUCGAAUGACCGAUGGGGUGAUGAUUGUAAAAAUGAGUGCAAUUGCCUCAACAAUGGACAAUGCGACCGAAUUACUGGGGAGUGUCAUUGUGCACCCGGUUGGACAGGCACCAUCUGUCACACACCGUGUUCGACUGGACGAUAUGGUAUUGACUGUGCGUUUGAAUGUCUCUGUCAAAAUGAAGCCCAAUGUUCUCGUUUCACUGGGGAAUGCACAUGUACAAGCGGUUGGUCUGGAGAUACAUGUGAAUACCCCUGCCCGUCUGGUUACUAUGGAGUCGGAUGUAAAAGUAAGUGUAGAUGCCAAAAUGGAGCCGUCUGUGACCCAGAAGAUGGUAGAUGCCGUUGUGGUCCCGGAUGGACUGGUGCUGUAUGUAAUCUAGAAUGUCCAGACGGAUAUUACGGUAUAUGUCAGUGCGUCGCAGGAUACUCAGGACCCUCUUGUCAGUUUAGUUGUUCGGAUAACACGUUCGGCAUCGAAUGCCUGGAAAAUUGUGACUGCUCUAACGGUGGGACUUGCGAUAGUAUGAUUGGUAAAUGCACUUGUACAGACGGCUUCUAUGGCAUCAAAUGCGAACACGUCUGCCAACCUGGAACCUAUGGAGAAAGCUGCACCAAAUUAUGCCAGUGUCAAAACAGCGCAACUUGUGAUCCAGUCGACGGUCUUUGUACUUGCACGUCUGGCUUCAGGGGUGAAUUUUGUCAAAAUAUUUGUCGGCCAAAUUUCUUUGGCUUAAGGUGCGCUAAAGAAUGUCGUUGUCAAAAUGGAGCAUAUUGUAAUCCUGUAGAUGGGACGUGCGACUGUGCGCCCGGGUAUAGAGGGAGCUUUUGCGAAAAUCUUUGUCCCACUGGCUACUAUGGACUUGCGUGCUCUAAAUUGUGUUCGUGUUUGAACGGUGCAGCUUGCGACAAUGUAGAUGGCACGUGUUAUUGUGCACCUGGGUAUAGAGGUGUUACUUGUGCAGAUAUAUGUCCGCGUGACACAUACGGAGAUAACUGUGCAAAUGAAUGCACUUGUCAGAACGGAGAUUGUGAUCACGUAUUGGGGACAUGUAAUUGUUUUACGGGCUGGCAGGGCGCCGACUGCAACAUACCAUGCAAUGCCGGUACAUAUGGAGAGGGAUGUCAGGAAGUAUGUAUUUGCAAAAACGGUGGUGUAUGCAACCAUGUAUCGGGUGUUUGUCGUUGUCCUCCUGGAUGGAGAGGCAUCGACUGCAGUUCAAGCUGUCAUGAGGGUACCUAUGGUUUCAAGUGUAAUAAGCGUUGUGUUUGUCAGAAUGAGGCAGUUUGUGACAAUGUGGAUGGGUCAUGUACAUGUACAGCAGGGUGGACUGGAAGCCUCUGCAGUCAGCCAUGUCCAAAAGGAAAAUACGGGUUAAAUUGCGCGGAAAUAUGUCCUUGUAAAAAUGGAGCCCGAUGUCACCAUAUUAGUGGCAAAUGUACUUGCACCUCAGGUUGGCAGGGUGAUUUCUGCUCUAAACCUUGCCCUGCAGGAAGGUAUGGCCUUAAAUGUCGUUCAGUGUGUACUUGUGAAAACAAUGCUCAAUGCGAUCACGUGGAUGGCACGUGUACGUGCUCGCCCGGAUGGCAGGGUAAUCAAUGUUCAAGUCCGUGUGGUCCAGGUACAUUUGGCUAUGAGUGUGCACAGCAAUGCCGCUGUCUGAACCAAGGAACUUGUAGCCAUAUUGACGGACGAUGUACAUGUGUUGCCGGCUAUUAUGGUCCUGCUUGUAACGAAGAAUGUCCAGAAGGCUAUUACGGACUUAAUUGUUUAUCUGAAUGUGAAUGUGAAAACAAUGCUUUGUGUGAUCAUCGAAACGGUGUGUGCUCUUGUAAACCAGGAUGGAGGGGAAACACAUGUGACACGCCUUGCCAAGAAGGGCGUUAUGGUGACAACUGUGCGUUCCGGUGCAAAUGUGAUAACGAAGGCAUCUGCAACCAUAUUGAUGGCUCUUGCUCUUGCGUGGCUGGUUAUCAGGGCCUGACAUGUAACAUUCCUUGUAGAUUAGGGUUCUAUGGUUUAGAGUGCCUUUAUGUAUGUCAGUGUCAGAAUGGAGCAACGUGUAAUCCCGUUGACGGCAGCUGUUUUUGUUCUCCUGGUUGGCAAGGAGCCUUGUGUGACGAACCAUGCCCAGAGGGAUUCUACGGUGAUCAGUGUGCAAAACGGUGCCCUUGUUUGAAUGGUGGUAUUUGUGACACAGUUGAUGGAACAUGUACAUGUGCACCGGGUUGGAGAAGCUUCUGUGGCGAGCCGUGUCCAGAUGGAACAUUUGGUCAAGGAUGUGAAGGAAGAUGCCGGUGUGAAAAUGGGGCAAGCUGUGACCGAUUUGACGGACGCUGCACCUGCACCGCUGGUUGGUUUGGAGCCUCUUGUGACGCAGCCUGUGAGGUAGGAUUCUAUGGAGCUCAUUGCACACUGACAUGUGAAUGUUUAAAUGGCGCCACCUGUAGUCGGUUUGAUGGUAGUUGUGAAUGUUCAAAUGGAUACACCGGAGAACAAUGCGGGCUGCUCUGUCCACAAGGGUAUUUUGGUGAAAAUUGUGAGAGCCGUUGUCGCUGUUAUCAUAAUGCUGAAUGCUCUCCAUUUGAUGGCACGUGCAGCUGUCCAGCCGGAUGGAGUGGAGACAGAUGUGGCACGCCGUGCGAAGCAGGAUUGUUUGGAGUCCAGUGCUUGGAGCGAUGUAGGUGCCAGAAUGGAGGAGCUUGUUCUAGAUUUGAUGGGGCAUGCACAUGCACAAACGGAUGGCAAGGUGAAUUGUGUAACCGUGAAUGUGAACCGAAUCGAUGGGGACAUAAAUGCCAACAAUUAUGCUUGUGCGAAAACGAUGCAACUUGCUCGCGGUUUGAUGGUACUUGCAGUUGUGGGUAUGGUUGGUAUGGCGAACACUGCAAUACGCCCUGUCCUGAAAAUAGAUAUGGACUUGGAUGUACCCAACGAUGCAAAUGCAAAAAUAAUGCAGAAUGUUCAAAAAUUGAUGGAACCUGUACAUGUGGAGUUGGUUGGACUGGGAACCAAUGUGACAUUGCUUGCCCGACCGGUCUUUAUGGUGCAGAGUGCAAAAGCACCUGCUUAUGUCAGAACGGAGGAACGUGCAACAGAUUCGACGGCACUUGCCAUUGCCCACCCGGUUGGCAGGGGAUUUAUUGCAGUACUGAAUGCAGUCCCGGGACUUACGGUGAAGCAUGUGAACGCAAGUGUCAUUGCAGAAAUGACGCAGAGUGCUCUCACAUCGAUGGUGUUUGCACCUGUACAACUGGUUGGUCUGGUGUAAGAUGUGACGAGCCGUGUAGACAAGGGUUGUUUGGUCCUGAUUGUAAUUCAAGAUGUAAGUGUCGCAAUGGUGCAUCAUGUUCGCGAUUCGACGGUACAUGCACCUGUCCAGCCGGAUUUAUUGGCCAGAUGUGCAGUAACUCUUGUGGUGAUGGCUUUUUUGGAGUUCAGUGUUUUCGGGCUUGUGCAUGUCUAAACGACGCAGAAUGCUCACCAGUUGACGGCACAUGUACUUGUAAAGCUGGCUGGACCGGGGAUCUGUGUGAUACGCCGUGUUCGAAUGACCGAUGGGGUGAUGAUUGUAAAAAUGAGUGCAAUUGCCUCAACGAUGGACAAUGCGACCGAAUUACUGGGGAGUGUCAUUGUGCACCCGGUUGGACAGGCACCAUCUGUCACACACCGUGUUCGACUGGACGAUAUGGUAUUGACUGUGCGUUUGAAUGUCUCUGUCAAAAUGAAGCCCAAUGUUCUCGUUUCACUGGGGAAUGCACAUGUACAAGCGGUUGGUCUGGAGAUACAUGUGAAUACCCCUGCCCGUCUGGUUACUAUGGAGUCGGAUGUAAAAGUAAGUGUAGAUGCCAAAAUGGAGCCGUCUGCGACCCAGAAGAUGGUAGAUGCCGUUGUGGUCCCGGAUGGACUGGCGCUGUAUGUAAUCUAGAAUGUCCAGACGGAUAUUACGGUUUGAGGUGUCAGUCUCGCUGUAGAUGCUUAAAUGAGGGAGUGUGCAACAAGCAAGAUGGAACGUGCAUAUGUGCCAGUGGAUGGGUUGGCGAGUCAUGUAACAUCCAAUGUACUGAAGGAACUUACGGUGCAGGCUGCCUCAAAACGUGUGCUUGCAAGAAUAGCGCGCAGUGCUCCAGAUUCGAUGGAACGUGUUCUUGCACAGAUGGAUGGAUGUCUACUGAAUGUGACGUUCCAUGUCCUGCAAACAGGUACGGCGCAAACUGUGUCAAGGUAUGUCACUGCAAAAACUAUGGAACAUGUGACCGUUUUACGGGUGCGUGUGACUGCUUAGCGGGCUGGGCUGGUACUGCGUGUGAUUCCCCAUGCUUGCCAGGUUUCUUUGGGCCUAACUGCAACAAACGCUGUAAAUGCGACAACGAGGCGAGUUGUUCCUCUAUUGAUGGUAGUUGUACUUGUCCCGACGGGUGGAAAGGUACAAGAUGCAAUGAACCUUGCGAUGAACGUCAUUUUGGAAAGGACUGUUCACAACUAUGUUUAUGUCAAAACGGUGCCACAUGUGAUCGUUUCACAGGGGCUUGCGGCUGUGCUCCAGGAUGGCAAGGGAAUGCGUGUGAUAUUGCAUGCUCGAGCAGGCGAUAUGGCAAAAAUUGUGAACACCUCUGUCGUUGUCAGAACCUAGCAGACUGCGACACAGUUGAUGGUAGCUGCACGUGUAAAUCAGGAUGGACUGGGAGAUAUUGUGACACUCCCUGUCAGCAAGGCUUGUAUGGUGCUAACUGCUUGUACACAUGCACAUGUGAAAACGAGGCAUCAUGUUCUAGAUUCAACGGGGCGUGCACGUGUCCCCCUGGAUGGUUUGGAGAUGUAUGCAACAUGGAAUGUGCAGACAACACGUAUGGUCUCCAGUGCUUAGAAGAAUGUGAUUGUGAAAAUGGGGCCUCAUGCUCUCGGUUUGAUGGAUCGUGCACAUGUGCACCCGGCUGGACGGGACCGAAGUGCGAUGUGGCAUGUAGGGAAGGUUACUAUGGUGCAUAUUGUACUAAAAGAUGCCGUUGCACAAAUGGAGGAACAUGCUCUCCUUCCACUGGUGUCUGUGAAUGUACUGCAGGGUGGACUGGGUCCUCGUGCGCCAUCCCGUGUCAGCAGGGGCGUUACGGUGUAGGCUGUCUUGGAGGCUGUUUAUGCCAGAACAACGCAGCAUGCAGUCCUAUUGAUGGGUCAUGCACUUGUUUAACUGGUUGGGUUGGAAUAUACUGCGAAACAACUGAUAUCAUUGGAUUCAAAACCUCACAAAUAAUAUCAACAAGGGAAGUCACAUGUUCAGAGGUGUUGGUGUAUUAUGAGGACGGCAAACACAUAUUUGAAUGCCAAGAAAUACGAGUGGAUGGUCUAAGAUUCCCAAAUGGAGUGACAUGUCGAGAACGCUGGGUGGACAGGAUUCCCGAUAAAUCGGACGCGUACUUCCACAUGCGUACUGAUCACGUGGGAUUCUGCAGGACGGUCCUUAAUAACAAUGAUGACUACACUAAAAGUCAACUACAGGGCGUUCGUGUUGAAGUCUCAUUCAAAUGCGCCGAAUCUCGUGAAUAUCGGAUCCAAUGGAUGGACAAUACUUGGCUUACAAAUGUAGUGCAAGAUGCAGGCUAUGCCAAUCAUCUCCGAUGUAUAAUCCAAGACAGCAUAAGAACUGUUUAUUGACUUGGACAACUAUAACUGUGGAACACGCCUGUCUAUUGAUCGACCAAUCAAAAGCCUUUACAAACAAUCCUAUAUAAAACUAAUUUUAGAAUGAAACUAGAAAUUAGCAUUUAGCAGCUUAUAUAUAAGU